AUGCAAUUAACAGAGGAACAUUUACAACCAUAUGUGGGAACUUUGGUUGGAUUCUCCGGAGAACAAGUGGAUGUGAUGGGAUAUACUUCAUUGCUCACCACUUUCGGAGAUAAGGAUAACGCUAAGACCUUCAAGGUCCGUUAUUUAGUGGUCAAAACCCCAUUCACCUCUUAUAAAAUCGUUAUUGGAAGGCCAGCAUUCAACGACUUAGGCGCUGUCAUGUCAACGUUGUAUCUGGCGAUAAAGUAUAACCCAUACAAUGGGGGAGUGGGGACUGUUAGAGGCGAUCAGUUAUUAGCCAAACAAUGUUAUGAGUCCAGCUUGAAAAUAAGGCAUAGGACUUCCAACUCAGGUUCCACGCCCAAUCAGAAGCAAGCCCCAAGACAGUGUGGCAUAAAUGUGAUAGAAAAUGCAGACAUGGAUCCUAGGGAGGAAUUUCAAGACAGAAGAGUAAGCCCUAUCGAAGAGUUAGAGCAGGUUCAGAUUGGCGAGGAGCCUCACCAAACAAUCAACUUGGGAACAACUUUUUUGCACUCAGAAAGAGAGAAAAUAAUGAAGAUCCUGAAAAAGAAUGUGGAUCUUUUUGCAUGGAAACCCUCUGACAUGCCGGGGAUAGAUGAAAAUGUUAUCACACAUAAGUUGUCAAUAUCGCCCAGCAUAAAGUCAGUGUCGCAGAGGAAAAGGAAGGCAGGAGAAGAAAGGCGAGUCGUGAUAGUGGAGGAGGUAGCAAAGCUAAAAGAAGCGGGUUUCAUCGAAGAGAUAAAAUAUCUAUCUUGGUUGGCGAACGUGGUCAUGGUAAAGAAAGCUAACGAGGAGUGGAGAAUGUGCGUGGACUUCACGUAUCUAAAGAAGACGUGCCCAAAAGACCCAUACCCGUUGCUCAACAUUGACAGGCUAAUAGAUGGCGCUUCGGGGUGCAAGAUGCUAAGCUUCAUGGAUGCUUAUUCAGGAGCGACAUACCAAAGAUUAAUGGAUAGAGUUUUCGAUGAGCAAAUAGGGAAAAUGUUAAACUCGGUUAGAAAAUACAACAUGAGGUUGAACCCUGCAAAAUGUUACUUUGGUGUUCAAGCUGGAAAGUUCUUAGGUUUCAUGCUUACCAACAGAGGGAUAGAAGCGAAUCCUGAGAAAUGUCAAGCUAUAAUUGAUAUGAGAAGCCCUUCUUAUGUGAAGGAAGUGCAACAAUUAACAGGAAGGAUAACAGCUUUGUCCAGAUUUUUGUCGUGUACAGGCGAGAAGGCUUUCCCCUUCUUCACAUAUUUGAAGAAAAGUGAGAGAUUUUCAUGGACUCCUCAGUGUGAAAAAGCAUUCAAGCAGCUGAAGGAAUUUCUGGUGUCACUUCCAAUCCUGACACGCCUAAUACCAGGCAAUACUCUUUACCUUUAUCUAGCAGUUUCUGAUAGAGCCUUAAGCUCAGUUUUAGUUCAAGAAGUAGAGGGUGAAGAGAAGCCCAUUUAUUUUGUUAGUAGAACCCUAAGAGGAGCAGAAGCGAGGUAUCAAAGGAUAGAAAGAUUAUCCUUAGCAAUAGUAGUUACGGCCAGAAAACUAAGGCAAUAUUUUCAAAUUCAUAAGGUCGUAGUUAGGGCGGACUAUCCUAUAAAGAACGUCCUCAGAAAUCCAGACUUGGCAGGAAGAAUGGUGGCAUGGUCUGUAGAAUUGUCAGAAUUUGACCUCACAUUUUCUCCAAGAGGAGCCAUUAAAUCACAAAUGUUAGCUGAUUUUGUCUUAGAAAUGUCCCCUCCACCAGCGGCGGAAAAAACCUCGCCAUGGACUUUAUCGGUGGACGGAGCCUCAAACAUAAGAGGCAGUGGGGCAAGUGUAGUACUAGAGGGACCAGAUGACGUAAUGAUCGAACAAUCGUUACGUUUCGCCUUUAAAGCCAGCAACAACCAAGCUAAAUACGAGGCGUUAAUUGCUAGAAUGAAAUUGGCAAAAGCAAUGGAGGUAAAGGACUUAAGAGCCAUGAGUGAUUCCCAGCUGGUUACAAACCAAGUUUCAGGGAAAUUUCAAACCAAAGAAUCACAAUUGAUUAAGUACUUAGAAGGAGUCCAAAGUUUAGCCAAACAUUUUAAUUCCUUUGAGUUGGUUUAUGUCCCCCGAGAGCAAAACACAAGAGUUGAUUUCCUGUCCAAAUUGGAAAGCACAAAGUGA